AAGUAUUCAUCAUGAUGCAGUCUAUUUAAUGUCUUGGCAACGCCUCUUGCUCUUCUCAUUUAACAUGUUAGGAGACAGACUGGCAGCAGUUGUAAAUUGAAACCUGGUUGUAUGCAGAGUAAGCCCGGCAGGGGUAUGAAGGAAAAUGGAGAAAAUUUGAAAGCGUCACUCUGUGUUUGUGUAUUAAAUUAAAGUGUGACACAUUUGCUUAAAAUAGAAUUUUAUAUCCUGUUUAUCAAGGCUGUUAUAACUUCACGGUAGAUCCGAAGACUGAAACUGGUUUCAAAUGUUGUCUUGUGGAAUAACCAAAUUCAUCUCUUAACAGUGUUGUCAUGAUGUCACGCGAUGUAUAAUAAGCACGUUUUACAAUGUGUUUGAGUCAUUUGUCCCCAGUAGACCUGAAAUUUAUUACUCAGAGGAGAAGCAUGCAUUUACAGUAUAUUCUUAGCUGCUCUUUUCUAUCACUCAGCUGUCAAGGCCUAUGGAAUCUAAAAUAGAACUUGACCAAUGGGAGACCGUCUACCCCUUGUUUACAGGAGGAUUCGGAGGUGGACAGUUUUAUCAUGCACUGCAGCGUCUGGGUUGCAGUGUUGAGGCAGGAUGUAGAGUGCUGUGCAGGUUUUCCAGCAGAGUCCCUGAAAGGGACAGCUUUGAAAGACAGCGUCUAAACAAUAAGAAACAGGAGGAGUUACGGUACCUGACUCCGGCCGCUCGCAAUCAAGUGCUGUUCAGCAAGGAAGAUAAUUUUCAAGCGGUAUGAAGGCGGAGAAGGAUCCCGAAGACGAAGAAAAUAUCGUUAGAGAUCCAAGCUAAGUGUAGCACAGCAUGAAGAUUGUAGAGCAGGAAGAUUUGUAAAGCGAGGGACGGAUUCACUGCUUAGGAGUUUGUCUGAGGGCGUGCUUUGUGAGCUGCAGAGAUUUGUAACCUAAGGCGAAGCCGUUUGCUGCUGGCAACAAGAAACUAAAUCCUGUCUAUGAUGAACUGUUGGUUUUCUUGUGCUCCUAAGAACAGACAUGCAGCAGAUUGGAAUAAAUAUGAUGACCGACUGAUGAAAGCUGCAGAAAGGGGAGAUGUAGAAAAAGUUUCCUCCAUCCUUGCUAAAAAGGGCAUCAAUCCAGGCAAACUAGACGUGGAGGGCAGAUCUGCGUUCCAUGUUGUGGCCUCAAAAGGGAAUCUUGAAUGUUUGAAUGCCAUCCUUAUCCAUGGAGUUGAUAUUACAGCCACUGACACUGCAGGAAGAAAUGCUCUUCACCUGGCUGCAAAGUAUGGGCAUGCAUUGUGUCUACAAAAACUUCUACAGUACAAUUGUCCCACUGAGCAUGUAGACCUGCAGGGGAGAACCUCACUUCAUGACGCAGCCAUGGCCGACUGUCCCUCUAGCAUUCAGCUGCUUUGUGACCACGGGGCCUCAGUGAAUGCCAAAGAUGUAGAUGGGCGGACACCACUGGUUCUGGCCACUCAGAUGUGUAGGCCAACAAUUUGUCAAAUGCUGAUAGAUAAAGGGGCGGAUAUUAAUUCCAGAGACAAACAAAACAGAACUGCUCUCAUGCUAGGUUGUGAGUAUGGUUGUAAAGAUGCUGUAGAAGUCUUAAUCAAAAAUGGUGCUGAUGUAAGCUUGCUGGAUGCCCUGGGCCAUGACAGCUCUUACUAUGCAAGAAUUGGUGACAAUCUGGACAUCCUAAGUUUACUGAAGACUGCAUCGGAAAAUACCAACAAAGGAAGAGAACUUUGGAAGAAAGGACCAUCUUUACAACAGCGAAAUUUGCCAUACAUGCUAGAUGAAGUAAAUAUGAAGUCAGGUCAGAGGGAGCAUCCAAACAUUCAGGAUCUGGAGAUUGAAAAUGAAGAUUUGAAAGAGAGGUUGAGAAAAAUUCAGCAAGAACAGAGGAUAUUACUGGAUAAAGUCAACGGUUUACAACUACAGCUGAAUGAGGAAGUAAUGGUUGCUGAUGAUCUGGAAAGUGAGAAAGAAAAGCUGAAGUCCCUUUUGGCAGCUAAAGAAAAGCAACAUGAAGAAAGCCUGAGAACUAUCGAGGCUCUGAAAAAUAGAUUUAAAUAUUAUGAGAGUGAUCAUUUAGGAUCAGGAAGUCAUUUCAGUAACCGAAAAGAAGAUAUGCUUCUCAAACAGGGUCAAAUGUACAUGACAGAUUCACAGUGUACGUCCCCAGGGGUGCCGGCCCACAUGCAAAGCAGGUCUAUGUUAAGACCACUGGAGCUGUCCUUACCCCAUCAAACCUCAUAUUCUGAAAAUGACAUUUUAAAGAAAGAGUUAGAAGCAAUGAGAACGUUCUGCGAGUCAGCAAAACAAGACCGACUCAAGCUCCAGAACGAGCUGGCUCACAAGGUGGCCGAAUGUAAAGCUUUAGCAUUAGAAUGUGAACGGAUCAAGGAGGACUCAGAUGAGCAGGUAAAGCAGUUAGAAGACGCAUUGAAAGAUGUGCAGAAGAGAAUGUACGAGUCAGAAGGUAAAGUAAAACAAAUGCAGACACAUUUUCUUGCCCUUAAAGAGCACCUAACGAGUGAAGCAGCUGCGGGGAAUCACAGACUAACCGAGGAACUGAAGGACCAGUUGAAAGACAUGAAAGCAAAGUACGAGGGCGCGUCAGCAGAAGUGGGGAAGUUACGAAACCAGAUCGGACAGAGCGAGAUGCUAGUAGAAGAGUUGAAGCGGGAUGCAGGCAAGCUGGUGGAAGAGAACAAGCGACUGCAGAGGGACUUCAGUAUGUGUGAGACGGAGCGAGACAAGAAAGGCAGGAGGGUCACGGAGGCGGAAGGCCAGGUCAAAGAACUGUUGGCCAAGUUGGCCCUUUCCGUUCCGACGGAAAACUUCGAGAGCAUGAAGAGCUUGUUGUCAAGUGAAGUCACUGAGAAGGCCAAGAGAAUAGGAGAGAUGGAAAGGGAGCAUGAAAAGUCACUUAGCGAAAUCAGACAGUUGAAGAGAGAAGUUGAGAAUUGUAAGGCCAAGCUUGCUCAGCACGUCAGACCGGAGGAGCACGAGCAGCUCAAGAGCAGGCUGGAGCAGAGGGCGGGAGAACUUACGAAGAAGAUCACCGAACUCACGUCGAAAAAUCAGACGUUACAAAAGGACGUCGACAGGGUGUAUCUGGAUAACAAGCUCCUCAGCCAGCAAGUCCGUAACUUAACAAGUGAAAUGAAGAGUCAUUACGUUCCUUUACAAGUGAGCGAAGAAAUGAAAAAGUCGCAUGACGUCAUGGUCGGUGAGCUGAAUCAACAGCUUGUAGAUGUCACGCGGAAGUACACGGAGCAGAAGAUGGCCAUGGAGAAGCUGCUGGUGGAGAAUGGCCGUUUGAGUGAGAACGUCAGCCACCUCGAGACCGCGUUCGUGCCUCCUGAGAAACACGAGAAGGAGGUCACGGCUUUGAACUCCAGCCUUGCUGACCUCAGGCAACAGCUCUCUGAGCUUCACAAAAAACGUGCCGGAGACCAAGAGAAAAUACAUGCACUCCUGUCCGAAAACACCGCGUUGAAAAAGAGCCUGAGUACUCAGUACGUGCCAGCUCCAGCCCACGAGGAGAUUAAAGCCGCACUGAGUGGCACCCUAGAUAAGACGAACAGAGAAUUACUAGAUGCGAAGAAAAACAUCGAGGAUCUCAGUCGGGAACUUGUAAAAACAAAAGAGGAGAAUGAGCUACUCAAAAGAAACCUGGAGGACACUCAGAACCAAAUGAAGGCCGAGUACAUCAGCCUCCGAGAGCACGAGGAGAAGAUGGGUGCCGUGAGUCAGAGCAUGAAGAGGGUACAGGAUGACAGUGCGGAAAUCCUGGCCAACUACAAGAAGGGCCAAGAGGAGAUCGUGACGCUGCACGCAGAGAUCGAAGCCCAGAAGAAGGAGCUCGACACGAUUCAAGAAUGCAUCAAGCUCAAAUAUGCUCCAAUCGUCAGCUUCGAAGAGUGUGAAAGAAAAUUUAAAGCGACAGAGAAAGAACUAAAAGAACAGUUAUCCGAGCAGACACAAAAAUAUCACGUCAGGGAAGAAGAGGCCAAGAAGUGCAAGCAAGAGAAUGACAAGUUGAAGAAGGAGAUUUUCACUCUCCAGAAGGAUUUGCAAGAUAAGAAUGUUCUCCUUGAGAGUGCUCAUGAAAUGGAAAGAGCGCUAAGCAGAAAAGCAGAAGAGCUAAACAAACAGUUCAAAGACCUGCUGCAAAAAUACACGGAGGUAAAGACCGAGAAAGAGAAGCUGGUCGACGAAAAUGCCAGACAGGCUUCGGAGAUUCUCGCAGCCCAGACCCUUCUGCAGAAGCAGCAUGUUCCGUUGGAACAGGUUGAGGCCCUCAAAAAGUCUCUGAACGGCACAAUCGAGAGUCUCAAGGAAGAACUGAAGAAGAAGCAAAGAUGUUACGAGAAAGAGCAGCAGACAGUGGCCACCCUGCAUCAGAUGUUGGAGAACCAGAAGAACUCGUCGGUGCCCCUGGCAGAGCAUUUGCAGGUUAAGGAGGCAUUUGAGAAGGAAGUGGGGAUCAUCAAGGCUAGCUUGAGGGAGAAGGAAGAAGAAAACCAAACCAAAACCCAAGAGGUCUCCAAACUCCAAUCCGAGGUGCAGAACACUAAACGAGCAUUAAAAAAAUUAGAGACGAGAGAGGUGGUUGAUUUGUCUAAAUAUAAAGCAACAAAAAGUGAUUUGGAGACCCAGAUUUCCAACUUGAAUGAAAAAUUGGCCAAUCUGAAUAGAAAGUACGAAGAAGCCUGUGAGGAGGUUUUGCACGCCCAAAGGAAGCAGCUGUCUGCAAAGGAUGAGAAGGAAUUGCUCCAUUUCAGCAUUGAGCAAGAAAUCAAGGACCAGCAGGAACGGUGUGAUAAGUCCUUAACAACCAUCACAGAGUUACAGAAAAGAAUACAGGAAUCUGCCAAACAAAUUGAAGCGAAAGAUAAUAAGAUAACCGAACUGCUUAAUGACGUGGAAAGACUGAAGCAGGCGCUCAGUGGCCUUUCACAGCUCACCUACCCGAGUGGGAGCCCCGGCAGGAGACAGAGCCAGCUGAUUGACAGCCUACAGAGCCAAGUAAAGGCCCUGCAGCAGCAGCUGGCUGAUGCCGACAGACAGCACCAAGAGGUAAUUGCAAUUUAUCGGACACAUCUCCUUAGUGCUGCGCAGGGUCACAUGGACGAAGAUGUGCAGGCGGCCUUACUCCAAAUCAUACAAAUGCGGCAGGGGCUUGUGUGCUAACUAAGCAGCCUGUGCUUCAUCUGCUGGUGCCGAGCCUUCCGUGUGCAAACCCACAGCCUUUCUGGGCCCUUUUGUGCUAGUAUCAUUGAAAUAAAAUAUAUUUUGUUUCAUCA